AUGCAUAUGGAGGUCAUGGUGGCGUUGCGCCGGGACUCCGCCGGUUCCUUCCUGUUUCAGGCGGGACGCGUGGUCAGCAGCGGUGCCCGGUGUCCUUCCGGCCUGGUUUGUGUCGAGGCCGACGCGGAUGGGGAUCCCGGAAGCGCUCGGGGUUGUUUUGUGCAGCCGGUACAACUCCGCUGGGGGUGUUCGAAAUCGUCCCGGGAACCGCUCUUAUACGGCUUGUCGCUCGUGAGCCCGAGCAGCCACCCCGACAUCCACCCGCAGGUGGUGCGUCUGGAUCCCGGCCGGCAUCCGGACCAACUGGAUUUACCCCGGCUGCUGCGGGCUUGCAGCGAUUACAAGCCGGAGUGGGCCAGCGCCCUACGCGUCGCGAUGGAGGACCGGGUCGUCCGCGUGGUCUUCGAGUACCACGCCUGCCACGUCAGGUUUCCGCGGUUCCCGGAAGUCCUCCUCCAGGAGCUGGUCGAGCGGUCCUGCAUACUCCCGGUGGGCGGUCGACCGCGCGUGAGCAUCCCGAGUGACUUCUGGAUGCGUCGGCUGCCGUACGAGCUGCAAGUGGCGGUCGUGCGGAGUAUCCAGGGCAUCCACACUUGGGCCAACGCUCGCAGGGUAUGUACAGCGUGGUAUGACGCGCUGGCCGGCGAGCGCCGGCACGUGGCCAUCGACGUGUGGCACUUCCAGGGAACGGAGGUGGAUGAACCGGAGCCGAGUCAGCCGACACCCAAGUGGGCCCAACUAAUGCACAUCCUGCAGCACACCGUCGACCAGCGGACACUGUCCUUGACGUUGACGAACGGCAGCGUCGGUGCGGCACUGGAGGCGGUCGUCUACCGCUUCCUGUCGCUUAACAGCUUCCGGCUGCCGGAGAUUAUUCUGCGAAAGGUCAUUUGUCAGCACCCGCUGACUGCCAAUCACCGGGAGCAGCGCCUGGACUGGGGCCGACUGGGGUGUUUGGCAAAGGCGUGCCGGACACUGCAUCUGCAAAAGGUCACGAUUCUCUCCAUCCUCCAACCGAUCUCCGGGCUGUGGUGCUCGCGGGAGCACGUCCGCGAUGACCUGGAUGUCUGUGUCGGGAAAGCCGCCAUCGAUUGUAUGCAGCCGGAAGCCGGUCAACUGCGGCAGUUUCUCAGCGCGGUUAACCGCAGUUGCCGCGCGGUGACGCCCGCGGAAUGGGAGGACAUUAGUCUAGCCUGCGACGAACUGGCCGUCGGCGCCGAACAUGCGUUCCGUAUGCCGUUAAUGCUGAAAUUGUUGAACGAGCGGCCGCAGCCGCCGCUCUCCCGACUGGCCGCGCACGCCUUCCUCUACUCCUACCCGCUAAUUCAGUCGGCCCCCGUCGCGCCUCAGAGGUCCCCGCCCCCGGCCGGCAGUUCAGAGGAAGUCUGCUACUACGGCCACAGCCACGCCGUUAUCGCCGCCAGACAGCCCCAUCGCGGCCACGCCCAGUCCCGCCGCCGGCGGGCCCACGGGCGCCGGCCGCCCGACCAUCCCGAAGGCGUGUGGAACGUUAACACACCCGGCUUCACCGCUAGACAUCCCUCCCUCCCCUUCUUCCCCUUAAUGUGAAAUGGGCCGCUGUUCUGCUCAUCCGUAUACCGUUAGACGUAGGAUACAUCAUACAAACCGGUAUACUCGUAAUUCUCCUUGUAUUUCGCUAUGAGCUUGUGCUGUAACGGACCUAGUUUUAGUUCUCUUGUAGUUAAAACUGUUAGCAUAUAUCGCUUUAGUAAUUAAGCGGACAUGUACUGCGCACUGCAUUCCUCAUUUUUUUACUGUACCGGCCGGAAAUGAUAACACGUAUGACGUAUCUAAUACUGAUUGCUGCAUGCCUUUGAUUUGCGCGCCUGAAAACGA